UAUAACCGCAAUAAAGAACACUGAAAUACAAUUUAAAUAUAAUCGGUAGAAGUGUUACAUUAACUUGCAGUCUUGGAGAUUUUAAAGACCUGCCUCGACGCGACAGAGUUGUCUAAACUUGCCUAUAUAAAAUAUGCAUGUAAUAGGAAAGUAAAGUAAGGGACAAAAUAGUCAAAGCGUACCCCCGCACGGGUGAGUCACGCCUUUGAGCUCAGGGGAUACAAAACGGCAACGGACGGGAAAUCUACCUGUAAAAGAAGAAAACAGACACUUUUUAUCCGAGAAACUACCAUCGCACAGUUAACAUGGGAUGGACAGCUUAAGGAGCCAGAGUAAAAGCCACUGUGGUGGGACUUCGGGAAUGUCCGGAAAAGGUGAGAAUGGGAAGAAGAUCCGGAAUGUUGUGACUGAAACUGUAACUACGACAACCAGACUGACUUCUCUUCCACCGAAGGGCAACAGUAGCUCAAUCAGCAGCCAGCGGAUCGUGAGCAGCAGCACUUCUGAGGGGGGGCUGAUGGAGAAGAAAGUCAUCACACACCGCAGCAAUGCAGGUGGGGUUUCCAUAGGAAUGUCUGGUGGAGGUGAAGGAGGGGGUUCUGCGGGAGGUACCUCGCUGAGUGUUUCUGGGGGAGGCGCGGGAAGCAGCUUCGUAGGUGGUUCGAGAGGUGCCUCUGUGACUGGCUCUGGUGGGGGCGUGGUUACCAUGACUACAGUCACCACCAAGGGGAAUGCUAGCUCUGCUGGCUUGGGGGGCAUGAGGAGAGGUCAGGGCUCCUCCUCAUCUACCAGCUACUCCUCUGCCGCUGCUGAGAAGAAGGCCACGGGCAUGUGCUCGCUGUCUUACGAAGGAAGUUCAAGUGAAAAUUCCUCACCAGAAUACACAAGGAAAGAGUAUGCUUCUGCUAGUGCAGCCACAAGAGGGAGGAGUCAUAGCAGAGAGAGUGAAAUCAGAGCGAGACUGCAGAGCGCCUCUCCCUCCACCAGAUGGACAGAGCUGGACGACGUGAAGAGGUUGCUGAAAGGCAGCCGGUCCAGCAGCAGCAGUCCUCCCCGGUCCCCCUCCAACACCCUCCCCAUCCCAAAGAAGGCCUCUGUGGACCCGCGAUCGGGGCAGUAUGAGAGCGGCACCCUGGACUCCAGCCAGGCCUCCUACACUUGGGCCAACUCCACGCUGCCCCCAAGCACCUCGGUGCUCAGUGGGUACGGCUACCAGACCAACCCCAACAACCUGUCCCUGGGCACCUCACUGGUCCACGGCUCCUCUCCCUCCGCUCUCUCAGUUCAAGGGGUCCAGAACAAUCUGAGCUUGGGUCCUGCCAUGAUGAAUGGUGGCAUCACCGGCAGCACAGUUAAUGGCCUUCCAAAUAACAUUUCCUCCACCUCAGGGACUGUUGUUGCCUCAAAUGGACUCAGCACUCAAGCAGUGUAUGGAGUGCAGAAGAACGUGUCACAAACCGUAAAUGGCUCCAUCAGCACUGGAGUGGCCAGUCCCACAGUGGCCCCCAGCAUCCCCCAGAACGACGACGUCUUCCUGAAGGACUACAAGUUCCUGUUGCUGGAGAAGGAGAAUGGUCCAUCCAAGAAGGAAGCGGAGCUCCUCGUCAUGAGCAAGAACAGUGGGAAGCAGUUCACCGGCACCACGAAGAGUGCUGGAGGUGGCUCUUACUCAGAUGACUCACUGAAGAGGGAAAAGAUGAUCGUCUCCUCUGAAGCUGCCACACUGGGGGCAGACAGUUAUGCAGGAUCUUCAAAGGUCGCCAUGAAACACAAGGCCACAUAUGCAGAGAUCCAAAAGAAAGACAGCCGAGGGGGUGCCGGGGCCUGGUGUGGGGGAGGGGCCUGCUGUACGUGGUGGAAGUGGCUGCUGGGAUUGUUGCUCCUCCUCCUGCUGCUCCUUGGCCUCCUCUGUUGGCUUAUUGCCCUGGCUGAAGAGGUGAGGGGUCUGAAGGCUCGAGUGGUUGCCCUGGAAGGGGGCAGCACCUCGUCCCGGACGAGCCGCCUCUCGUCCGCCGUUAACAUCGUGGACCCCCUGGAUUCCUCCUACGUGGGCCAGACCGCACAGGCCAGGACUGAUAAUACCAUCAACCAGGAAUCAGCUGUCAACGUGGACCCCGCAUCUCUACAGAGGACAGUACAGCAGCUGCUGAGAGCAGAGCUGCAGUCUGAGUCUGUCAGAGCCACAUUUGCUACGGUCAAAGGAGAAAAAGGAGAUCCAGGAGCCAAAGGUGAUCAGGGAUAUCCUGGACUCAAAGGUGACACUGGAUUCCCUGGAAUACCAGGUCGGCCUGGUGAGCCUGGCCACACCGGACAGGAAGGACCCAAAGGACAGAAGGGGAGUCCAGGUCAUCCUGGAGCAGAGGGCCCCGCAGGGCCCCGGGGCCGUGAUGGCCCCGUGGGACUUCGUGGAGAACCAGGACCCCCAGGAACUGGAGAAAAAGGGGACAAAGGCUUCCCUGGAGAGCCUGGACUUCCCGGCCCACCCGGGUUGGCCGGCCCGAUGGGACCAAAAGGGUUUGAUGGUGUUCCUGGUCCUACUGGUUUGCCAGGUAUGCCCGGUCCAACAGGUUUCAGAGGAGAAGAUGGACCGCCUGGACCAAAAGGGGAGAGAGGAGUUGGUGGGCCGCUUGGAGCCAAGGGUGACCAGGGUGAGAAAGGUCCACGCGGAGCUCAAGGGGACCCGGGGCAGCGGGGGGUGCAGGGCCCAGCCGGAGAGAAAGGGCCAAAGGGAUCUGUGGGGCCCACUGGGGCUGACGGCACCAAAGGGCCCAGAGGUGACCAGGGACCAAGUGGAUUGCCGGGUAGCAGAGGACCGCCUGGUCCUCCAGGAGACGCUGGAAUCCCAGGCACUCCUGGGGUUCAGGGACCACCAGGAAUACAAGGAAAUCCUGGAUUUCCCGGAGCUAAAGGUGAUCCAGGUGAAGCUGGAAGAGUCAUUAAUGCAGCUGGCUCCAGCCCUGUUGUCAUCCCUGGACCUCCAGGAAGCCCAGGCCCCACUGGGCCGUCCGGACCCCCAGGAUUGUCAGGUCCCAGUGGUCCUGCUGGUUCCCCUGGUGACCGGGGUCCUAAAGGAGAUAAAGGCGACCAAGGAGAGCCUGGCAUCACCGUGAAAACUGUGGAAUCAAUCAGCCCUUCCCACACUCUGCUUCCAGGACCACCGGGGCCCCCAGGACCCCCAGGACCAGCUGGACCCCCAGGAGAAGCUAAGCAGGGUUCCCCAGGUCCUGCCGGAGAGCCAGGAGUUGGUCAGCCUGGGCUACCUGGUCAGAAGGGUGAGCCGGGAAGCUUCGUCCCCAACUCCGGAACAUUUUUUGCUGGGCCGCCUGGUCCACCAGGACCCCCUGGGCCGAAGGGAUCACAAGGUGACCAAGGAGAUAGAGGGUACCAAGGGGAACCAGGACAACCAGGCCUGCCAGGGAGUCCUGGUGAUCCCGGAAGAGGAAUCCCAGGAGUGGAUGGAGCUCCAGGACCGCAGGGACCACCGGGCUCCCCCGGGUCAGAGGGCCCCCCCGGGCCAGAGGGCCCCAGAGGAGAUGCUGGGGUGCCUGGUGCUCCUGGGAUUCCUGGUUCCGCAAGAGGAUCUCCAAGACUCUUCCAAGGAGCACCUGGUCCUCCCGGUCCUCCCGGACCACCAGGACCUCCAGGAGAUGGGUCUGCUGUUCCAGAUUUCCGCGAUUACAUCUCAGAUUAUCUUCGAAGUGAUGGCAUCAGGGAGUACAUGAAAGGGCCCCCAGGUCUCCCGGGGCCACCAGGACCGCCUGGGGACGGUUUAGAUGGACAGUCUGUGGAUGGCUUAGCUUCUCGUGUCAUUGCUUAUCUCCAAAGUGGCGGAGUUGGCAGUGGCCCCCCAGGUCCACCUGGGCCCCCUGGUACUGUAUCAAUGGAUGAUGUCCUGUCUCUGCUUCAGAGGGAUGAUGUGAGGCAGUACCUAAUGGGCCCCCCUGGCCCCCCUGGCCCCCCAGGCUUUGGCUCUUUUAACCCCCGUGAGGUAGCUGGACGUGUCCUUAACCUCAUGAAUGAAAAUGGAUUAGUUAAUGUACCGGGACCCCCUGGACCUCCGGGACCCCCAGGAUCACCUGGCACAAAUUAUGAUGUCAUUUCCUCUCUGCUUCAAAACUCAGAGUAUCGAGGUAUUUCUGGACCACCUGGGCCACCUGGGCCACGAGGCUUUGCAGGCCCACCAGGACCCGCAGGACCUCCGGGACCGGCCUCCUUUUCUGGUUCAGGCUAUAGCCUGGAAGAUAUAAAGGACUACCUGCAGAGUGCAGGUGUCAGUGGCCCCCCUGGCCCUCCUGGCCCCCCUGGUCCUCAAGGCCUGCCUGGAUUGACAAGAGGUCUGGUAUCAUACGUGAAGAACACGCUCCAAGAUAAAAUACAGACGGAACGUCAGGAUUACAUGGCUGACGGUCUGCCCAGAUACGGCAUGGGGCCUCCAGGUCCCCCAGGGCCUAGAGGAAUGAAAGGAGAGAAAGGUGAUGCCUUGGACAGGCGUCGUCAUCGAUGGCCUGAAGCAGAGGACUAUGGGAAUGUGGCUGUGAAAGUCGCUGAUUACAUCAAGAAUCAGGGUCUGUUAGGGGAAGUUCUUCAUGGUGAUCAAGGAGCAGAAUUCCAGGGGAUCCAAGGACCACCAGGACCUCCUGGAUACAGCCCAGUCGUUGGCUCCCAUGGCAAUAUGACCGAGCUCAUGGACUUCAUUAGAUCACAUGGUGCCAUCACUGGCCCUCCAGGCCCCCCAGGGCAAAAGGGAGAGAUGGGAUACAUUGGUCCAAAAGGGGACAAAGGUCAAAAGGGACAGCAAGGCAUCAUGGGACUGCCAGGUCAAGACGGACCCAAAGGAGAGAAAGGAGAAAAAGGAGGACAAAUCAUUACCCGUUUGAAGAAGAGAAGUAUUGCUGUGUAGGUCAGCAUCUGGGAAAGUCAUUUUUCUUGUAUUUUUGGAACUAUAUUGAGUAAACUUGAAACUUGUAAUUCUUCGUGCUUGGCAAACCACACGGCAUAUUUGCCACUGAAAGUCAUAUAAAGUUCCUCACUACUGGGAAGCUUGUAUGCAUGGAAGAUUUUGUUUUUAAACAUCUUCAGCUGUAGUUAUGGGUAGAUGUAACAUGCUUUUUAAUGUAGCUUGUGCCUGGAACAUUUGUAACAUCCAGGAAUGGGUACGUCAUUUUCAUUUCUUACAGACUUGAACACACAUGUAUAGAAAAAAAGUGUCAUAAUUCUUUUCAACAUUUAACAAUAUGGCUAAUAACACCUUGGCGAUAUUUGCAUUAAUUGGACAAGCAAAGUGAAUAGUUUUUUGGUAUAUACUAUUCAGGCCUAUAAUUUUCGGUAAUGUUAUAAAGGCGUUUAGUUCUUGUUUACCAAACAUACAGAUUCAUGUUAAUGCUAUGUUGUUAAACAUUAAGGAACAGGUAAAAAUGUUUGGUGUAUUUCUGAUGAAUUAUAUUUUUGCUGUUAUUUUUCAUAUUUUGUUUAUGUGUGUAAGGGAAGAUUACUGAAUGAUUGCUUUAUUUUCAGAGGAAAAUUUACUGUAUUGUAUGACUGUAUUGAAGAGUUGUUUUUAGUUGGGAACAGGAGUUUAAAUAUGUGCUUUGACAUACAAUGUUGUAAUUCUUCAGUAAGCACUGCUGGAAACACAUUGGAAAAUAAGAGAACGAAAGAGAAAAAUGUCAUCCUUUUUUGGGAAAAAGAAUAUUAAACAUCCUAAUGUCUUGUUUA